CCAAAGUUGGUCUCUCUCAGUCUCUCUGGCUGCUUUCUUAAGUUUCCUUACCUGUUUUGCAUGUCUCUUCUUUCUCUCUCUCUCUUCUUGCUUGAAGUGCCUGUUCUCAUUCAUUAUGGUAACGUUCCACCAGAGUGAAAGUAGCAUAUCCAAGGAACUUCACUUCUACUCAUAAGUUCCUUUCAUUUCUUCUAUGAUCUUCAUAGUUUCUUACAAUUUUCCCAGCAACCAAACAGCACACUUUCUCAAGAAACCCAUCACUUUCCCUUCUUCUUACCCCCAAAAAGUAUGGUGAAAGCUUUCUGUUCUUCCUUGAAAGACCUACAAUAAGAAACCCAUUAAGAUUUGUCAGAAUUUAUGGUCUGUUUGAGAAGGAAGAUGGAAAAACAGAAGAGGAUUCAUGGAGCAAGAUGAAGUAACUUCCUGCAGGUGUUUGGAGUGUAGUAGAAUGGAACUAUCCAUCAUGGAUUAGAUUAUACAUAUAUUGAGGAUUCUCAGCCUCCUUGAGUUGGCAUUUUAGUCUCAUUUCUAAUGGAGAAGAGCCCAGUUUAUCCCCUUCAUUCCCUGUUGAUCUUUCUCUUCAUUUUGAGUCUCUUUGUUCCAAGUUUGCCUCUUCCGACUGAGACUCGAGCAUUGCUUCGUUUCAAAGAGAAUCUCAAUGACCCGAUGGGUUUUCUUGAUUCUUGGAUUGAUUCUGAAUCCCCUUGUGGAUUCUCUGGGAUUACUUGUGAUCAGGUUUCCAGGAAAGUCGUAGAAAUUUCCUUGGAAAACAAGUCGCUUUCUGGUGAGAUUUCUCCAUCUAUUGUUCUGCAAAGUCUCACAAUACUUUCGUUGGCCUCAAACCACAUUUCUGGGGAGCUUCCCUACCAACUGAUCAACUGUAGCAAUAUUAGAGUAUUGAAUCUCACUGACAGUGAAAUGGUUAGGAGGAUUCCUGAUCUUUCUCAGCUGAGAAAAUUAGAGGUUCUAGAUCUAUCAAUCAACUUCUUUUCUGGCCAAUUCCCAAUCUGGGUUGGAAAUUUAACUGGAUUGAAUUCUCUGGGACUUGGUGAAAAUGAGUUUGAGGCUGGUGACAUACCAGAAUCAAUAGGAAAUUUGAAGAACUUAACUUGGCUAUAUCUAGCAAAUGCACAAUUGAGAGGGGAAAUACCAGUCUCUCUCUUUGAAUUGAAGGCCUUAGAGACAAUGGAUCUUUCAAGGAACAAGCUUUCUGGUAAACUCUCCAAGUCAAUAUCCAAGUUGCAGAAUCUGAACAAGCUUGAGCUUUUUGAAAACAAAUUAACUGGAGAAAUUCCACCAGAGAUUUCAAACCUUACCCUUCUGCAAGAAAUUGAUAUAUCUGCCAAUAGUUUUCAUGGGCAGUUGCCAGACGAGGUUCGGAACCUCAGGAAUUUGGUGGUUUUUCAGUCGUAUGAAAACAACUUCUCAGGUAAGUUCCCUGAAGGGUUCGAAAAUAUGCAAAACCUUAUUGCCAUUUCAAUCUAUAGGAACAAUUUUUCUGGAGAAUUUCCAGCAAACUUCGGCAGAUUUGCUCCGCUCCUCAGCAUCGACAUAUCUGAGAAUCAAUUUUCAGGGGGCUUCCCCAAGUUCUUGUGUGAGAAUAGGAAGUUGCAGUUCUUACUUGCUCUGGAUAAUAGAUUUUCAGGGGAGCUGCCACUUUCUUUAGCUGAGUGCAAAUCACUGCAAAGAUUCAGAAUCAAUAAUAAUCAAAUGUCUGGCAGAAUUCCAGAUGGGGUAUGGGCUCUUCCUAGUGCAAAAAUUAUUGAUUUUAGUGACAAUGAGUUUACUGGAGUUAUAACCCCAAACAUUGGUCUAUCUACCAGCUUGAGCCAAUUGAUAUUGCAAAACAAUAAGUUUUCAGGUAACCUUCCAUCAGAACUGGGCAAGUUGACAAAUUUAGAGAGGCUUUACUUGAGUAAUAAUCACUUCACUGGAGAAAUACCUUCUGAAAUUGGUUUCCUCGGGCAACUUUCAUCAUUCCGCCUGGAAGUAAAUUCUUUGAAUGGAUCAAUCCCAUUUGAGAUUGGUAAUUGUAAAAGACUCGUGGACAUAAAUUUUGCUCAAAACUCUCUUAGUGGUAGCAUUCCAUCUUCAUUUUCAUUAAUCGGCUCUUUGAACUCGAUGAACCUCUCAAGCAACGAACUUACAGGUCAAAUCCCAGAAUUCUUGGAGAAAAUGGAACUAAGUUCGAUAGAUUUGUCGGGAAAUCAUCUGUUUGGAAGAGUUCCAUCCAGUCUUCUAGCAAUGAGUGGAGACGAAGCUUUUUUGGACAACAAAGAACUCCGUGUUGAUGAAAACUACAGAGAAAGGAUAAAUACCAGUCGGGUUAAUUGUACUGGAAACAAUAGUCAGAAAGGGGUGCUUGUGGAUAAACUUGUAUUUUUCAGUAUGAUAGUCUCCAUCUUGGUUUGUGUAUUAGCAGGGCUAGUGUGUAGUUUUAGUUACUUGAAGCACAGUGAGACUCGCCUGGAGACCAAUCAGGAACGGGACCAACAAGGAGCUCCAAAAUGGAAAAUUGCAUCAUUCCAUCCAGUGGAAAUUGAUGCAGAUGAAAUAUGCAGCUUUGAAGAAGACAAUUUGAUAGGGAGAGGAGGAACGGGAAAAGUUUAUCGGUUGGAUCUGAAGAACAAUGGCGGUACAGUGGCUGUUAAGCAGCUCCGGAAAGGAGAUGAAAUGAAGGUUUUGGCAGCAGAAAUGGAGAUUCUGGGAAAGAUAAGGCAUAGAAACAUCUUGAAGCUCUAUGCCUGCUUAAUGAGGGAAGGAUCUAGUUAUCUAGUUUUUGAAUAUAUGACUAACGGAAACCUGUGUGAAGCACUUCAGAGACAGAUCAAAGGUGGACAGUCUGGAUUGAACUGGAAUCAGAGGUACAGGAUUGCAUUGGGAGCAGCAAGGGGAAUUGCUUACUUGCACCAUGGUUGUUCACCACCUAUAAUUCAUAGAGAUAUAAAAUCAACCAACAUACUUCUUGAUGGAGAUUAUGAACCAAAAAUUGCUGAUUUUGGAGUUGCAAGAGUUGCAGAUCAGUUCCUAAUUGUUUCUGAGCACAGCACUUUUGCUGGCACUCACGGUUAUCUUGCUCCUGAGCUAGCAUAUACUCCAAAAGUUUCAGAAAAGAGUGAUGUGUACAGUCAUGGUGUGGAGCUAUUAGAAUUGAUUACUGGAAGGAGACCAAUAGAAGAUAAAUAUGGAGAAGGAAAAGAUAUUGUCUACUGGGUCUCAACACACCUCGAUGGCCGUGACAAUGUCCUCAAGCUUCUGGACAUCAAAGUUGCAUCUGAAGUCGUCCAAAAUGACAUGAUUAAAGUCCUGAAGAUUGCUGUACUUUGCACAAGAAAGCUUCCAUCACUUCGCCCUUCAAUGAGAGAGGUAGUGAAGAUGCUGUUAGACGCUGAUCCCUACUCUUCUUCGACGUCCCUGAACAACAAUUCAAAUAAAAACAGUAAGGAUUUUGUUUAGUUCUUCAACAAGAAUGUAAGAUUAGUCUUUGCUGUAAUGAUCAAAGCACUUGAGAUUUUUGCAGCCAUAACCUGUGCCCAAUUAGCUAGCUCCGAGUUUUCAGUCGGACCUUAGCAUAAAACUAAGGAUAAUAUAUUUGUAGAGCUCAUCAAAUGAAGUGUGCAUAAGAGAAUUUUCUUUUUUGAA